AUGACGGUAACAAAGCAAAGCCAGGGGUACUCCCUAUAUGGCCUUAUCAAAGAGAUCUUCAAUUGGUACCCUUCUAAUUACCCUGCAGCAGAGAGGAAACUUCUAUUCAAACUUGACUUGUCUAUCCUAAUAUUCGCCUGUCUAUGUUUCUUCGUAAAAUUUCUAGACCAAACAAACAUCAGCAAUGCCUACGUCAGCGGCCUCAAGGAAGAAUUCGGGUUAUACGGCAAUGAACUCAACUAUUUCAAUGUGUGCUACUAUGUGGCUUAUGUGAUUUUUCAAAUCCCCGGCAUGUUACUUAUGUCGCGACCUCAAUUAGCACGCUGGUUGCUACCAACUCUUGAGGUUCUCUGGGGUAUAUGCACUUUCGCACAGAGUCGUGUUACGAAUGUUCACCAACUCUAUGCGUGCCGAUUCCUAGUAGGCAUGUUGGAGGCUCCAGUAUUUGCCGGGACACACUUCAUCUUAGGAUCAUGGUAUAGUGGUCCUGAAUUGUUUAAGCGAGCCGGGACUUGGUUCAUAUGUAACCCCCUGGGCACCAUGGUGAGCGGGUAUUUGCAAGCAGCGGCGUACACCAAUCUGUCUGGUGUAGGUGGGAUGCCUGGAUGGAGGUGGCUGUUCAUUAUUGAUGGCAUAUUUACCCUUCCAAUUGCAGUAGCUGGAUUCCUGGUCUUCCCGGGGAUUCCGGAUUCGCCAAAGCCAUUCUACUUCACUGAUGAGGAUAUCGCUCUCGCAAAGGCAAGGUUAGAACGGGCUAAGAUCCGCAAGCCGGGGAAGCUAGGGCUUGACGUGUUCAAACGCACACUUGGACGCUGGCAUAUUUGGGUUUUUGUGUUUUGUUACAUCUGCAUGAUCAUCUCCGGCUAUCCAGACUCGUAUAUGAAUCUCUGGCUGAAAGAACAAGGCUUCUCCGUUAUUCAGAUCAACCAGCUGCCUACUGUCACGUACGCCAUCAACAUCGUCGCUUCUUGGCUGGGUACUACCUUGGCUGCGAUAUACCCUUCAUGGACUGUUUAUAGCAGUGCGACGAUAUGUAUCGUGUUCUCGUCAAUCUGUAUGAUUAUUUGGGAUAUUCCGAAACCUCUGAAAUUUGUCGCGUGGUACUUCUUCGGCGUAUCAGGGUGUCUAAGUCCGGUUUUAUACUCGACGGUUAAUACAGUUGUGAAGGGUGACUCGGAAGAGAGAGCUCUAAUUUUGGGUGCAAUGAUGACUUUUGGUUACUCAUUCAACAUUUGGGUGCCCCUUUUGCUCUUCCCAACUGCCGGCCCCAACGGUGCUCCAAGAUGGCGUAUCGGAUGGCCUGUCGCGUUAACUUUCCACGUGCUACUAUGGGCUGGGUUUAUUGUUGCGAUCUUAUUGUAUCGCAGAGACUCCAAAAGAUCGAGAGAUGCACAAGAGGAAGAUUCCUCGUCUGGGGAGGAACCAGUUCUUGUCCCAACCGAAGCGCACAUAAAAGAUUAA